UCAGUUUUUUUUGUGAAACCUAAAACAACUUCUGUCUUUCAAGCGUGUAGUUAAUCCAGAGGUUGCUGGCAAUGAUGGCCUGUUCCUGCAGAGCAUGAGCUAUUGAACGUCCUUGCAGAUGGAAAUCAUUAUAAAGAAUGGCUAAAAAAGAGAUGGUGAAGCCACUCUUGGGGAUUGAGAGUGAAAUCCGUCAUUACAACCUCCAGAAAAUUACGGUUGGAAUUUUGGGGACUGGAGAUUUUGCCCGCUCAUUGGCAGCACGUCUGGUAUGUUCUGGUUAUGGCGUGAUCGUUGGAAGUCGAUAUCCCAAACGCAAUGGAAGUUUAUUUCCCAGUACAGUUGAAGUUACCAGUCAACGUGAAGCCAUAGACAAGGUCAACAUUAUCUUUGUAGCAGUGCACAGUGAACAUUACAGUACAUUGAGCGAACUAAGAGAUGGUCUGACAAGAAAGAUUGUGGUGGAUGUCAGCAACAACUUAGAAGUAAAUGAGCGUGAAGAAUCAAAUGCAGAACGUCUUGCUUCUCUGUUCCCAGAAUCUACAGUUGUAAAAGGGUUUAAUGUCAUCUCAGCCUGGGCUUUACAAUCUGGUGCUAGAGAUGGAAAUAAACAGGUGAUGAUCUGCAGUGACAGCCAAGAAGCUAGAUGUAUGGUGAUUGAAAUAGCACGAAAUAUGGGAUUCAUUCCUGUGGAUGUGGGCCUGUUAUCAUCUGCAAGAGAAAUCGAGAACCUCCCAUUACGUCUUUUUCCUUCAUGGAAAAUACCUGUUAUCCUGGCUGUAGUCUUAUUUGUACUUUUCUAUCUUUAUACUUUUAUUAGAAAAGUUGUUCACCCAUAUGUAAUGAAAGGGCAGAAUACAUUUUAUAAAAUCCCAAUUGAUGUUGUUAAUGCCGCCCUACCAUGUGUUUCAUUUGUGAUGCUGUCCCUUGUUUACCUGCCUGGAGUUCUUGCAGCCAUCUUUCAACUGCGUAAUGGUACAAAGUACAAACGUUUUCCACACUGGUUAGAUCAGUGGCUUCAGCAAAGGAAGCAACUUGGCUUGUUGAGUUUUCUCUGUGCUGCCUUGCAUGCUGUCUACAGCCUGUGUCUCCCUAUGCGUAGGUCUACCCGUUACCAGCUGCUGAACGAAGCUUCUGCUUGGGUUAGAGGUGAUAAGAAGAAUGCUUGGGUAGAAGAAGAAGUGUGGAGGAUUGAAAUUUACCUCUUCUUCGGAAUUUUGGCUAUUGGCGUGCUUUCACUGCUCGCUGUGACAUCAUUGCCUUCAGUGGCAAAUUCUCUGAACUGGAGAGAAUUCAGUUUCAUUCAAUCUAGACUUGGAUUCAUUGCACUGGUGAUCAGCACUCUGCAUGUUCUAACUUUUGGAUGGCGUAAAGCCUUUGACUCUACCCAGUACAAGUUCUACCUACCACCUACAUUCACAAUUACUCUCAUUGUGCCUUGCAUAGUCCUUCUGGCCAAAGUGUACCUUCUCCUUCCUUGUGUGAAUCGCAAGCUGAUACGGAUCAGACGAGGCUGGGAAGUCAAUCACCACGUGAGGUUCUGUGAACCUGGUGAAGCAAGCCAUUUUUCAGAUUUCAGUGCAGAGAGCACCAGCAUGGUUUGAUUUCUACCUUCAAAGUAUAUUUUGUAAGCACUACAUAUUUUGUAGUUUUUUUUUAAAUAUGUAGUAUAUAAAAAUCUGGAGAUGCUGUUCAAGAUUAGUUAUUGCUCUAAAUGCACACACUUUUUUUGCAUAGGGUUUGUACAUAAUGAAUAAGAUGCUAACAUUGUGCAUAGCUAGGAUAAGAACAUUUUAUUAGGGUGAUUUUAGGAUAUGGCAGGAUAGUUAUAGAACCUUGUGUACAUGGAUUUGAAUCUUUGUAUUUAAACAAUGUACAAAUAGGUCUGCAGAAUUCAGUAAGAAGCUCUAUAGUUUGUGAUCAUAGUGUUCUCUUUUUAAGCACAGUAUUUAUUUGCAUUGGUGUAUCCUUGACUCACUAUGGGGCAAGAUUACUAAGAAAUAGCUGUAGGGUCUAUUGGGUUAAGCAAAAAUAAUCCUUAAUGUUGGAAAAUUAGAAAAGUUGUGCAUAGCUCAGCAUGCAGGUUGUGUUGUGGGUAAGAAAAAAAUACUUUUGUAUUUUAGCCAUUUCCUCAGCACCCCUCUCAAUUAUGUUCCCAUAAGUUUAAACAUGAGGAAGUGGCAAUUAAUUGCUAUAACCAAAGUAUUUGAAUGUGCAUUGUCAAAUUUGUUUCAAUUGAAGUAUUAAUUAUUGCUUCUCUAAUUUUCUAGAAUUAAAACCACCCAUCAUAUCUCAAUUCUUAAGCAUAUUUGCAACACAGGGUAUAUUUUAAUUUAAAAAUUAAGUGCCAGAAGUGCUAGAUGCAUUCUAAUUAACACGAGUUUAGAACUUGUAUAAUUUACCUAACAUAUUACCUAGAAUGUUAUUCCCUUAUAGCAAAACAAAAUUUAGUAUUGUUCCAGUUUUUCUCAAUUUAAUUUUUAGCUUGUAAAUAAACAUGCCAGUAAAUACAAGGAAUAUCAAAAUAUUUCAUCUUGAAUUGAAAUAAACAUCCAGGCUUGACUUAAACCUGACUAUUCAGUAUUUUUUUUUUAAAGACUAGGUAACUUAAACAUUAAAUAGUGCAGUAUUGUGUACUAAUUGGGUCUCCUUGGCAAGUGUUUAAAAUUCCAGGUUUCUUGAACUAAUUUGGAAGAAAACUGUCCUAGAUCUUAAUUAUCACAAUAUUCAGCUUAAAUAGUCAUAUGAAGUGAGAUGGGGAGACCAAGACCAUACUACCAACCAUCUCUCUACGAUGAGAAUCAUUGCUCAACUUCACAGUAUGCAAGUGAUAGAGGGGUCAAUUUCUCCCACUUUGUAAACCUGGGGAUAGAUGGCAAGUUAACUGCACCUCUCCUUAUUACUUACUGAUAGGGUCUAGUUUAAAAGUUGCUUUCAAAAUAUCCUAGUCAUAUUUCUCAAAUUUUAUGACAGGAGGCAACCAUUCAUCCUGUGAUAGUUUGGCAAAUUUGUUCCAGACAAAUUCAGUCCCAGAAGUUCUUGUUUACUGUAGAAUUAUGUCAUGACAGUCCUUAUUGAAUAAAGCUUUAAGUCUCAAAUAUUGCAAUUGUGUGAUU